AAGAUGGAUCAAACAAGUUUAAUACUUAUCUCUCUCUCCUCCUCUGUCCUGGUUUUCAUCUUCCUAAAAUCAGUCUUAUCUCACCGCCAUCGCCGAAACCUUCCACCGAGUCCACCGUCCGUCCCUUUAAUCGGUCAUCUUCAUCUCCUCAAAUUCCCAGCACACAGAUCUCUUCAAAAUCUAUCCCAAAAAUUAGGUCCAAUUUUCUCUCUACAACUGGGAACCCAGUUAGCGGUCAUCGUCUCGUCUCCUUCCACGAUUGAAGAAUGUUUAACAAAAAACGAUAUCAUUUUUGCAAAUCGACCCAAAUUCGUGGUUACAAAGUAUUUUGGUUACAAUUACACGACGGUUACAUCCUCCCCCUACGGUGAUCACUGGCGUAACCUCCGGCGACUAAUGACGGUGGAUUUGCUCUCCUCCAACCGACUCAACGGGUUCUUGUUCAUCCGGCGAGAAGAGGUCAGGUUUAUGCUUCGUGAACUCUACCGUCUCUCAAAUGGCGGAUUUUCCCGCGUCCAAAUAAGGUCAACUUUAAAGGAGCUUGCAUAUAACAACGUUAUGAGAAUGAUGACCGGAAAAAGAUACUAUGGUCAAGAAGAACUUUCAAACAACCAUGAAGCUAGCGUGUUUAGAGCACUUAUAGAAGAGGUUCUUCAAUAUGGUGGGAUAUCCAAUCUCGGAGAUUUCUUUCCAAUUCUAAAGUUGAUUGAUUAUGGGAAUUUCGAGAAGAAUGUAAGAAAGGUCCAUAAUAAGAUGGAUACAUUCCUCCAAAAUCUUAUAGAAGGUUGUCGUCUCAACAAAAAUGGAAACUCUGUGGUCGAUCACUUACUCUCUUUACAAGAAUCACAACCCGAAUACUACACCGACGAAAUCAUCAAAGGAUUUAUAUUGGUAUUGUUAGUAGCUGGUACAGACACAUCAUCGGUAACAAUAGAAUGGGCAAUGACUCUAUUAGUAAACCACCCCGAGGUUUUAAGAAAGGCGAGAGAUGAGAUAGACAAUUGCAUCGAUGGUCAAGAUCGCUUUUUGAAUGAACCAGAUCUUGCUAAGUUGCCUUACCUCCAAUGCAUCAUAUAUGAGACUAUGCGUUUAUUCCCUGCGGUGCCACUCCUCUUGCCCCACUUUUCCUCUGAUGAUUGCAAGGUGGCAGGCUACGAUGUGCCACGUGGAACCCUACUUAUGGUUAAUGCAUGGGCCAUGCAUAGGGACCCUAAUGUUUGGGAUGAACCAUUGCGAUUCAAUCCAGAGAGAUUCGAAGGCAAUGAAAGUGAAAGACACAAGCUAAUAAUACCUUUCGGAAUGGGGAGAAGGGCUUGUCCGGGAGCUGCUCUAGCCCAGCGAAUCGUGGGCCUGGCCUUAGGGUCGUUGAUCCAUUGCUUCGAAUGGAAGAGGGUUGGUGAAGAAAAAGUUGAUCUGAGUGAGGGGAAAGGAAUUACCCUGCCCAAAGCUGAACCACUAAAAGUCAUGUGCAAACCUCGGGACAUCUUGUGUCAGACUUUCACGGAUCUAAACUAGAAUCAUUUGCGAAGGUAUGUUAAUAAUAAAACAUGUAUUCAUGUUAUGCACUCUUUUUGUUUCUAGCUAUAGCCUUUGAAACACGAAAUAUUUGCGCGCAAUGAAACCUAUAUAUUUUGUAAUAGGACGUGUCAAGCGUUAGUUUGGUAUGUAGUUGUCGACUCAUGAUAAUGAUCCAAUUCAUGGAGAGCAAGAGCUCAUUGACACUUUCAUGAAUUUGAUUCUGGUGCCAAUGUCUAUCUAUAGAUUUAGCUACAUGCAUGUUUAAUCCAUUUAAUAUUAUAUAACUCAUAUAUGUUUUUGUUGUAAUAA